AUGGACUUUUAUCGCAAUGCAUCAGCCAAAUUCCACUGUGCUAUGGUCAACACUGAGACGGGGAAAUGGUUCAGAGGGUCCUGCAUGAAACCAAUCCCCUUCAUCUGUAAUGGAGGAGGGUCUGGACACAGCAAUGUCGCAAGAAAUUCUAAACUCGGGUAUACGAGUCGCAUCAAGCUAGGACUGAAGACCGACGCAAAUCUGAACAAAGCUGUUGUUCAAAGUCAGAUCCUGCACCAGAUCCGUGCCAAACUUGAGGAACAUGGCCUGUCUGACUUUGCACUGCGCUGGACUCAAAUGGAGGGAAAGAGCUUGGAGGAAGGAGUAGAGGAAGAGGAGGAAUGCUGA